AGGCGGGGCUUUUCCGGGGCAGGCUAUGGGCUGCCUUGCAGGGUUUGCGCACAGUUGCGAUGCAACAAGUGGUUGAGCUCUUGUCGUUUUCUGUGUGCUUUCUGGUUGGCAAAGGACCUCAGUAGGCGAGGUAGGGGUUGCGUUCCGGUGAGCAAGGCACUCCGGCAGGGGCUUGGUAUAGAGAAGCGGCGACUUUGAAGAGGCUUGUGCAUGCUUUUCCCAGGCUCCCACGGCUGCCGAGGGAGCUGAUCCGCAACCUGAUGAGCCGGCAGAGCUUAGGAACGGGGCGCGCAAUGGUGGCUUGGGCAGGCAUCAGAGGAAGUCGUGCUUCUCUCGCCGGCUCUGCGGUGUAAGCGCAAAGAGAGGCUCCUUUCCCGCGGCUCGCCCUAGUUCCAGCUCAGCAGCAGCUUGCAGAAGCCCCCGCGAACGGAGGCAGGCAGAUCGUGGGGAAGAGGCGGCGGCGGCGGCGGCAGGAGCACCAGCAUGGCAUCUGCCUGAAGUCCCGUCGCCCAGGAACGCGAAGGCUGGCGCAGGACGCCGCGGCGGCACAGAGCGGCCGGCAUGAGCGACAGCAGCGAGGGCGUCAUCAGCUUCUCGGUGCCCAGCCCGCCGGGCAUCGUGGGUGGAGGCUGCCCGCUGCUCUACGACGACGAACUCCCCAGGAGAGCGCUGCUGGCAGGUGAGGGGGUGGCUCGGGGCUUCCUUUGCGGCCCAGGCGCGCCGCCGCCCGGCACCUUUUGGAAUGAGGACAGCAACACCACCUGCCCUGCCAGCGACACGGCCGCCCGGGCCAAAAGCAGCGCUGGCGGCGGCGGCGGCGGCGGCAGCUUCAACAGGAGGACCACGGUAUCUUACGUGAUCAACGAAGCGAGCCCCGGGCUGCUGCAGGCGGCGGAGAGCGGGGCCCUGCAGAGCCUGCGGGAGGCGUGUGAGAUCGUCGAUGCCGACCUGCAGACUCUGCACUUCGGCAAGCUGGAUUUUGGGGAGACGGCGGUGUUGGACCGUUUCUACAACGCGGAUAUUGCAGUCGUGGAGAUGAGUGAUGCUUUUCGUCAGCCUUCUCUCUUCUAUCAUCUGGGAGUUCGGGAGAGCUUCAGCAUGGCCAACAACAUUAUUCUCUACUGUGACACAAAUGCAGACUCGCUGCAGUCACUGAAGGAAAUUAUUUGUCACAAGAAUAAUAUGUGCACUGGCAACUAUAUAUUUGUGCCAUAUAUGAUAACACCUCAUAACAAAGUAUACUGCUGCGAUAGCAGUUUCAUGAAGGGAUUAACUGAACUGAUGCAGCCCAGCUUUGAACUGCUGCUUGGGCCAAUAUGCUUACCCUUGACUGAUCGGUUUAUUCAGCUUUUGAAGGUUGCACAGGGCAGCUCAAGCCAAUACUUCAGGGAGUCGAUUCUUAAUGAUAUCAGAAAAGCUCGCAACUCGUGCACCGGGAAAGAACUAGCUGCAGAACUGACAAGGAUACGACAGCGAGUAGAUAAUAUUGAACUUCUGUCUGCCGACAUUGUGAUAAAUUUGCUGUUAUCUUACAGGGAUAUUCAGGAUUAUGAUUCUAUUGUGCAACUGGUAGAAGCACUAGAAAAACUUCCAACCUUUGACUUGGCGUCGCAUCAUCAUGUGAAGUUUCAUUAUGCAUUUGCACUGAACAGACGAAAUCUACCUGGAGAUAGGCAAAAAGCGCUAGACAUUAUGAUACCUCUAGUAGAGUGUGAGAGCCAAGUAGCUUCAGAUAUGUACUGCCUUGUGGGACGGAUCUAUAAAGAUAUGUUUUUGGAUUCUGGAUUUGCAGACACAGAUAGUAGAGACCAAGGGACCAUAUGGUUCAAGAAGGCAUUUGAGUCAGAACCAACAUUACAGUCAGGAAUUAAUUAUGCAGUACUUCUUUUGGCCGCUGGACACCAGUUUGAUACCUCUUUUGAGCUACGGAAAGUUGGAGUAAAAAUAAGCAGCCUUCUUGGGAAAAUGGGAAAUUUGGAGAAAUUACAGAGUUACUGGGAAGUGGGAUUUUUCUUGGGAGCCAGUGUCCUGGCCAAUGAUCACACAAGAGUGAUCCAGGCUUCUGAAAAACUUUUCAAGUUGAAGACACCAGCAUGGUACCUCAAGUCCAUUGUGGAGACUAUUUUGAUAUAUCAGCACUUCAAGAAAUUGAAUCCAGAACAGCAAGUAGCCAAACAUGAACUUGUGGACUUUUGGAUGGACUUUCAGGUUGAGGCCACAAAAACAGAUGUUUCUGUAGUUAGGUUUCCUGUUUUAAUAUUAGAGCCUACAAAAAUCUACCAGCCUUCAUACCUGUCCAUCAAUAGCGAGGCUGAAGAGAAGACAGUCUCUAUCUGGCAUGUUAUGCCUGAUGAUAAGAAGGGCAUUCAUGAAUGGAACUUCAGUGCAGAUUCUAUAAGAGGAGUAAGCAUUUCAAAAUUUGAAGAAAGAUGCUGUUUUUUAUAUGUACUACACAACUCAGAUGACUUCCAAAUCUAUUUCUGUACAGAACAUCACUGCAAAAAAUUUUUUGAAAUGGUUAAUAGUAUCACAGAAGAGAUAGGAAAAAACACAGAGGAAGGUGAAUGUGAUGCCGAGUCCUUGGAGUAUGACUAUGACUUUGAUGAAAAUGGUGAGCGAAUAAUUCUGGGGAAAGGCACUUAUGGUGUCGUUUAUGCAGGACGAGAUCUGAGUAAUCAAGUCAGAAUUGCCAUCAAAGAAAUCCCAGAAAGAGAUAGCAGAUAUUCCCAGCCUUUGCAUGAAGAAAUAGCUUUGCAUAAGCACCUCAAACAUAAGAACAUUGUCCAGUAUCUUGGCUCAUUUAGUGAAGAUGGAUUCAUUAAGAUAUUCAUGGAACAGGUACCAGGAGGCAGCCUUUCUGCUCUUCUGAGAUCAAAAUGGGGACCAUUAAAAGAUAAUGAGCAGACCAUUGGUUUUUAUACCAAGCAGAUUCUUGAAGGAUUAAAGUAUCUCCAUGAUAAUCAAAUAGUGCAUCGAGACAUAAAGGGUGACAAUGUACUUAUCAACACAUACAGUGGAGUGCUAAAAAUUUCUGAUUUUGGAACAUCAAAGAGGCUUGCUGGGAUAAAUCCAUGCACUGAAACAUUUACUGGUACUCUUCAGUAUAUGGCACCAGAAAUAAUUGAUAAAGGACCAAGAGGCUAUGGGAAGGCAGCAGAUAUCUGGUCCCUAGGCUGCACCAUUAUUGAAAUGGCCACAGGGAAACCUCCAUUUUAUGAAUUAGGCGAACCACAGGCAGCAAUGUUUAAGGUUGGAAUGUUUAAAAUACACCCGGAGAUUCCUGAAUCAAUGUCAGCAGAGGCAAAAGCCUUUAUACUGCGCUGCUUUGAACCAGAUCCAGACAAGAGAACCUGUGCUAAUGAACUUCUUGUAGAUGAGUUUUUAAAAGUCACAAGUAGAAAAAAGAAAUCCCAAACAAAGCUAUCAGCACUCUCAGUUGGCUCAAAUGAGUAUCUUCGAAGCAUCUCUUUGCCCGUUCCUGUUCUGGUAGAAGAUACAAGUAGUAGCAGCGAAUAUGGUUCGGUUUCACCUGACACAGAAUUAAAGCUUGACCCAUUCUCUUUUAAACUGAGAGCCAAAUCUUGUGGGGAGAAGGAUGCAAAAGGGCUUCGGUCUCUUUUUUUAAGCAUCCCAGAUGAGAAUUUUGAGGACCACAGUGCUCCUCCUUCACCCGAGGAGAAAAAUUCUGGCUUCUUCAUGCUUAAAAAGGAUAGUGAACGGAGAGCCACCCUUCACAGAAUCCUAACAGAGGAUGAAGAUAAGGUGGUGAGAAACUUGAUGGAAGCUCUAGCUCAGGGAACUGAAGAGCCCAAGCUAAAAUGGGAACACAUCACAACUUUAGUUGCCAGCCUCCGAGAAUUCGUAAGGUCAACUGAUCGCAAAAUCAUUGCAAAUACACUCUCAAAGCUGAAGCUGGAACUAGACUUUGACAGUCAUGGCAUCAGCCAGGUUCAGUUGGUACUCUUUGGUUUUCAAGAUGCAGUGAAUAAAGUUUUAAGAACCCACAAUAUCAAGCCACAUUGGAUGUUUGCCCUAGACAGCAUAAUUCGCAAAGCUGUGCAGACAGCUAUUACUGUUCUGGUUCCAGAACUGAGGACACACUUCAGUCUAGCAUCUGAGAGUGAUGCAGCAGAUCAGGAUGAACUUGAAGGUGAAGAGGAUCAUGGAGAGCAGCCUCCCAGCCAAACAAUUCAGCGUCCUUUCCCUGUACUGGAUGAUGCUAUAGCUACCUCAGGAGUGAGCACCCUCAGUUCUACUGUGUCCCAUGAAUCCCCAGCUGCCCAGAGAUCCCUCAAUGUUCAACUUGGAAGGCUCAAAUUGGAAACAAAUAGACUGCUAGAAGAGCUAGUGCAGAAGGAGAGAGAAUUUCAAACCUUGUUACAUCAUGCUAUAGAAGAAAAAGAACAGGAGAUCAAAAACCUGAAGCUUAGGACUCAACCAAUAGAUAUACCUGGCACGUGUGUUUCUCACCAUAACACCACUGGAAGAGGGGCUGAAGAUCCUGAUCUUACUAACUGGCUGAAAGUUCAUGGUGCUGAUGAAGAAACCAUUAACAGGUUUUUAGCAGAAGAUUACACACUAAUGGACAUCCUCUGCUACGUUACAAGAGAUGAUCUAAAAUGCCUUAGACUCAGAGGUGGGAUUUUAUGCACACUAUGGAAGGCCAUCACUGACUUUCGAGAGAAGCACACCUGACUCCUGAGUAAAGGAAUUCACAGAGAACUGUCUGGAGUUUUCCUGCACCAUGUAGCAGGAGUUAUGUCAAAGAGAUGCUUUUGCACUUUAAUCCAGUAUUUGUUUACCAUUGUUAAGGACACUGCAGCUUUCUGGCUGCAUCUACUCCCAAUGUUCCUAAGGAGUCUGCAACAUUAAAUAUUAUUUUCGCUUAAGUAUUUUUGUACAUAGAAUCUUCUCUUUUCUAAAAAGUUUAAACAGCUAUUACAUUUAACAAAACCCAGUGCUGAUAUUACAUGGGCCAAUUGUAAAGAUUUCAUGUGAUUAUAAAUUACUGAAACAAAACCAAAAUGUGAACAUUUACUUUUCAGGUUUAUAUGUAUUCCAGAGCCUGUGAGAGGGCUGGGUGAUUUUGGGGGCCCAACCUGUCUGUCUUAGUGUGAAAAGGUGAAAGGGAGGCUUUUAGUUCCAUCUCAGGGUGGUUUUGCAUGCAGCUUGGAGCUUUCUUGGGGUUGGAUAUAUGAAAGGAUAGGGGGAGGAAUAAAGAGAGAGGAGAGAAGGGCCAAGUGUGUUGCUCAAGAUCUUUAUGUUUUUUCAUAAUCUGGGGUGGAAUUCAUUACUGAAAUGACCAUGUAUAGUUUAUUUGGUAGCUUUUUCUUCUACUACGCUGAUCAUUACACUUAGUUCUUACAGUCCUCUCUAAAUACUCAUAUUGUUUUUAUUCUUAGUAACUUAAAUUCUAGUCUAUGGUGCAUUUGUUUUUAGUGUUGUUUAUGUACUAUUGAACUGUACCAGUUACAUAUGCCUGAACUACAUAUAGUACAGUGUUAGCUUGUUCUAAAGCUAUCCAUUGUGAGAUACAUUUAAGAAAUAAAGAAUAAUGCACAGUUCGACACA